AUGGGUGCGACGUUGCUGUCGGAGCUUGCGACGGAGAUAGUGGUGCCGGUGUGCGCCGUGGUGGGUAUUGUGUUCUCGUUGGUUCAGUGGCACUUGGUGUCGCGCGUAAAGGUCACGCCCGAGCACAAUGGACCCUCGUCUUCACCCACGAAGAAUGGAUACGGGGACUCCCUGAUUGAAGAAGAAGAGGGCAUCAACGACCACAACGUCGUCAUCAAAUGCGCUGAGAUACAAAACGCAAUCUCCGAAGGUGCAACGUCCUUUCUUUUCACUGAAUAUCAAUAUGUGGGGAUUUUCAUGGCUGCUUUUGCAAUUCUGAUCUUCCUUUUCCUGGGCUCCGUGGAGAGCUUUAGUACCAGGAGCCAGCCCUGCACAUAUAACAAGACGAAGCUCUGCAAACCAGCUCUUGCAACUGCACUCUUUAGCACUGUAUCUUUCUUGCUCGGUGCUUUAACUUCAGUCCUAUCUGGUUACCUUGGGAUGAAAAUUGCUACCUAUGCCAAUGCAAGGACAACCUUGGAGGCAAGAAAGGGAGUGGGAAAGGCUUUUAUUACUGCAUUUAGGUCUGGUGCAGUAAUGGGUUUCCUUCUUGCAGCAAAUGGUCUUUUGGUGCUCUACAUUGCCAUUAAUCUCUUCAAGCUAUAUUAUGGUGAUGAUUGGGAAGGCCUUUUCGAGGCUAUAACUGGUUAUGGUUUGGGUGGAUCUUCAAUGGCUCUGUUUGGGAGAGUUGGCGGUGGUAUCUACACCAAGGCUGCUGAUGUUGGUGCUGAUCUGGUUGGAAAAGUUGAAAGAAAUAUCCCAGAGGACGAUCCAAGAAACCCAGCUGUGAUUGCCGACAAUGUUGGUGACAAUGUUGGAGAUAUUGCUGGGAUGGGUUCUGAUCUUUUUGGUUCAUAUGCUGAAUCAUCUUGCGCUGCCCUAGUUGUUGCUUCGAUUUCCUCAUUUGGAAUCAACCAUGAUUUUACUGCCAUGUUAUAUCCGCUACUUGUCAGUUCUAUGGGUAUUAUUGUCUGUUUGAUCACUACUCUCUUUGCAACCGAUUUCGCUGAGAUCAGGGCUGUCAAGGAAAUUGAACCUGCGUUGAAAAAACAGCUUAUCAUCUCGACAGUGCUCAUGACCAUUGGAAUUGCAAUUGUUAGUUGGAUUGCUCUUCCAUCAUCCUUCACAAUUUUCAACUUUGGGGUUCAGAAAGAAGUCAAGAGCUGGCAGCUUUUCUUAUGUGUGGGUGUCGGUCUUUGGGCUGGACUCAUUAUUGGGUUUGUGACUGAAUAUUAUACAAGCAAUGCUUACAGCCCUGUACAAGAUGUUGCUGAUUCUUGCCGGACUGGUGCUGCGACCAAUGUCAUCUUUGGUCUUGCUCUGGGAUACAAGUCUGUCAUUAUUCCUAUUUUUGCCAUUGCAAUCAGCAUUUUUGUGAGUUUUAGUUUUGCAGCAAUGUAUGGUAUUGCUGUUGCUGCCCUUGGGAUGCUGAGCACCAUUGCUACUGGGUUGGCUAUUGAUGCCUAUGGGCCCAUUAGUGACAAUGCAGGAGGUAUUGCUGAGAUGGCAGGCAUGAGCCAUCGUAUUCGUGAGAGAACUGAUGCCCUUGAUGCUGCAGGCAACACUACUGCUGCCAUUGGCAAGGGUUUUGCUAUUGGAUCUGCCGCACUAGUGUCUUUGGCCUUAUUUGGUGCCUUUGUCAGCCGGGCAGGAAUUUCAACUGUGGAUGUCUUGACUCCCAAGGUCUUCAUUGGACUCAUAGUUGGUGCCAUGCUUCCUUACUGGUUUUCUGCCAUGACCAUGAAGAGUGUUGGAAAAGCAGCUUUGAAGAUGGUUGAGGAGGUUCGUAGGCAGUUCAACACCAUUCCAGGAAUCAUGGAGGGUCUUGCCAAGCCUGAUUAUGCGACCUGUGUCAAGAUUUCUACUGAUGCAUCCAUUAAGGAGAUGAUUCCUCCAGGAGCCCUUGUCAUGCUCACACCACUCAUCGUUGGUACCUUUUUUGGCGUAGAAACUCUUUCAGGUGUUCUUGCUGGCUCUCUAGUUUCCGGUGUGCAGAUAGCAAUAUCAGCAUCCAACACCGGUGGUGCCUGGGAUAAUGCUAAGAAGUACAUUGAGGCCGGUGCUUCUGAGCAUGCACGGACAUUGGGUCCGAAGGGAUCUGAACCUCACAAAGCAGCUGUUAUUGGUGACACCAUUGGAGACCCUUUGAAGGAUACUUCUGGCCCUUCGCUUAACAUCCUUAUUAAGCUCAUGGCGGUUGAGUCACUUGUUUUCGCUCCAUUUUUCGCCACCCAUGGCGGCCUGCUUUUUAAGAUCUUUUGAGAAGAAUAGGAAACGCUUUAAAUUAAUCCUUUUCUUUGGUGCGGAAUAGGUUUGCCAUUGACAAUUAAGCCUUUUUCCUUUUUUUAUUCUAUGUACCAAAUAGCCUCUCCACCUUUAGGUAGCUCUUCAAUUAGGAGAAACAUGAAAUUUGUUA